CAAAGGAAAAUUCUUUGUCGGCGAUUUAUCGAUAGUUUGCCUUGAUACGGUGAAAUACCUUGCGUUCUUCCUUACUCUUGUUUCCUGUACUGGGGGCUCGCUCGAUUCAUUCUUUACAACAAAAAUGGACUGUAUCCGCUGAAAAAACGGGGCCAAGCGGCUCUUCUCCGAUGUUCGAUCCACUCCACUGAAGGAGUUUGGCAGUAACUAAUAGUUCUGGUUCGGUAGUGGGAAAAGAGAAGAGAAUAGAAAAAGGGUUGAGUGGGAGUUGAGGAAGGAGGAAGAGUAGAAAGAGAUGUCGCUGAGAAUAAAGGCGGUGGUGGAUAAGUUCGUGGAAGAGCUGAAAGAGGCGUUGGAAGCCGACAUACAAGACAGAAUAAUGAAGGAGAGAGAGAUGCAAAGUUACAUCGAGGAACGCGAGCGCGAAGUCGCCGAGCGUGAAGCCGCCUGGAAGGCGGAGCUCUCUCGUCGCGAGGCAGAGAUUGCACGACAAGAGGCAAGGCUGAAGAUGGAAAAAGAAAACCUUGAAAAAGAGAAAAGUGUCCUAAUGGGAACAGCAUCGAAUCAAGAUAACCAAGAUGGAGCACUAGAAAUCACUGUAAGUGGCGAAAAAUAUAGAUGCCUCAGGUUCGCAAAGGCAAAGAAAUGAUGUUCUAUAUAAAGAAGGCGAAGAAAACAAAUGCAGGGAUUAUUUGAGUGGUGUCUUUUCUCAAAUUUGCUAUAGCCAGUUUGCUAUUUUAGAAUUUUUGUUCAUUCUAGAUGCGUUGAUCAUAUACUUGUAGGUUUGCUUUCAGCACAACCUAUUGAUGGUGUCCAGUGUAUGAUUACAUUUCAAUGAAGAAAAGAAGAAAAGGGUGUUGGGGAUUAACCAAACAAAUUAAACAGGUUACCAUCCUUUUUAACAUUUAUUCAUUGAUGAUACUUAUGAUAAGCAAUUUAGCAUGGUUGAGACUUUA